CGCCGAGUACCUUAACACCGCCACCAUCAAGUUACUCCCGGAAGAGGGCACCCUGCACGUCAUCACUAAUGACACCGAAGUGACAAACAACGGCCAGCUACAGCUCAUGCUCAAUGCGGGACUGAAUCACAUCCCACUCAAAGCACUUGAUGAAGAAUUUAUGCUGGACGAAGUCGAGGUGGCGCUGGACAAGAUACUUACCACACGAAGAUGUGACGAGGAGUUGUCCUUGGGAGAAGAGAGGAGGGCGAAGAUGAUUGCACGAGAAAACGCGAAGAAAAGUAUCAGGAGUUUUCGAGCGAAGCACAUGCAUAUUACUGGCGAACCCAUCAACAGUGUGGUGGUAAGGAGCGAGAUCGAAUGGCUAACCAGUCGUUACCUCAUUUGUCCAACGAACAAGGCGCCGCACACCCCCACUUUCGUCUGCAUCAACUUCAUCAGAAGGUUGGCGCUACGCAGGCUCUCGGGUCCGGAUUUCACGCCGCUUCCAGAUUCCCCAGAACAGGUGGCGGCGAGGUUGGUGAGGGAGGCUGCUGCCUUCACCCAUAUUGGGCACGAAGCGCUGCCACUCCCGCACCUCAUGGCGGUUUACAAGGCGCACAAGCAAUCUUUUAGGUGGAUCACGAACUCUGCAGGAUCGGUGCUCUCCCCGGUGGCGGACAUCUGCGAGAGCCUGCUAAAGCUCCUGACAGAGGAUGUCCAGGCCCUCUGCACAAGCAGGAGCGAGGAGAUCCAUGCUGAGCACGGGAUCAGACCCAACUUCUGGUGGCCGAUAUCUUCGAUCGGCGAGUUCGUAGCCAAUAUCCCGCAGCGCAUCUACUCAGUCUUCACGGGGGAUAUCACCAGGUGCUUCGAAACGAUACCCACGGACGGAUCGGAAGACGGACUGCUGGAGGUGAUCAGAUUCUUCGUUCGCUGUGCCAUGGAAUGGAGGAGAACCAGAACAACCAGGGAUGUAAUCGCCAUCAGGAUCGCAACCAACGAGACAUUACACCCCUACUGGGUGAACGGGGAUCAGGACAGAGACAGGGAUAGGUUGUAUUUUGACGAGCAGGGGAUCAUCGAUGCUUGUGAACGGCUCAUCUCCAACGGGGUCGUGCAAAUGGGAAACAGGGUCUGGAAACAGAUCCUUGGGAUUCCCAUUGGAUUGGCCUGUUCCCCCAUCUUCUGUGAUGGGUACUUCUUUAAAUAUGAGUAUGGUCUAAUCUCUCACCUGGUCGACAUGUAGGAUUGGAUGGCGGUUGAAUGUUUUCAGGACACCUACAGAUAUAUAGACGAUUUGUGUUCUCUAAACAACACGAUCGUUACUGGGUUUCUCAAGAACGGGGUACGAGGCCAGAACCCAGGGCACAGGAUCUAUCCACACGAGCUCAUUGAAGUAAAGGAAAUGACCGAGG